CGACCCUGGCCCAAUGUCAUCGCCCGCUAGGGUUUUAUUAUCGCCAUUUUCCCUAUUUAUUUUCCAGUAUCCACAGAGAAUCAGCUUCUCUAUUCUCUGGUUAAAUUUUUGUAGCUUUGUUCCCCGAAGGAAAGGAGUUUCAGAGAUGAGUAAGCUUCAGAGUGAUGCCCUUAGAGAAGCUAUUUCAACCAUUGUGGCUCAGUCGAAGGAGAAACAACGGAAGUUUAUUGAAACCAUUGAACUCCAGAUUGGGUUGAAAAACUAUGAUCCCCAGAAAGACAAGCGUUUCAGUGGUUCUGUGAAGCUGCCACACAUUCCUCGCCCGAAGAUGAAGAUCUGCAUGCUUGGAGAUGCUCAACAUGUUGAAGAGGCUGAGAAGAUAGGUUUGGAUUAUAUGGAUGUUGAAGCACUGAAGAAGCUAAACAAGAAUAAGAAGUUGGUGAAAAAGCUUGCCAAGAAGUAUCAUGCCUUUUUGGCUUCUGAAUCAGUCAUCAAGCAGAUUCCUCGUCUCUUGGGUCCUGGUCUCAACAAAGCAGGGAAAUUCCCGACCCUCGUUACUCACCAGGAAUCCCUUGAGUCCAAAGUGAAUGAGACCAAGGCAAUGGUGAAGUUCCAGUUGAAGAAGGUUCUUUGCAUGGGAGUGGCUGUAGGGAAUGUAGCAAUGGAGGAGAAGCAGAUCUUCCAGAAUGUGCAAAUGAGUGUGAAUUUCCUUGUUUCAUUAUUGAAGAAAAACUGGCAAAAUGUGAGAUGCCUCUACUUGAAAAGUACCAUGGGCCCUUCAAACAGGAUAUUUUGAGUAGGUACUUAACUAAAUCAGAUUUUUUCCCAGGAAGUUAAAAUUUUAUGUUGGAAUCUGUGGACUAAUGAAGUUUUGUUAUGGCUAUCGAUCGAGUUUUCAUUGAA